AUGUCUAUACGUUCAAAUUUUAAAAAAUGGAUUGUAGGAUUUGGUGCAUUAGGUGGUGCUAUGUUUUUUUAUCCAAAUGAUAAUGAUAGUAAUAGUCAAUUUUUACACACACAUAAAUUUGGAAUAGCAGCUUCUAGUUGGGAUCAUAAUUGGGAUAGGCGAGAUCCAAAAAGUUUAGUAAAACCAAUGAAAAUAGAUAAUGAAUCUAACCAAAAUUUAUAUAAUAAACAAUUAAUAAGUAAAACAGCAAAAGCUGUACGUCAUAUAAUUUUAAUUCGUCAUGGACAAUAUAAUAUAGAAGCUAAAACAGAUAUAGAUGGGAUACUUACAGAUCUUGGUAGACAACAAGCUGAGGCAACAGGGAAAAGAUUACAAGAAUUAGGUUUUCCAUAUACUCUACUUGUACAUUCAACAAUGACAAGAGCACAAGAAACUGCUAAAAUUAUAGGAAAAGGUCUUAAAAAUGUACCAAUAAAAUGUGAUUUGCUUCUUAAUGAAGGUGCACCAAUUCAACCUGAUCCACCAUCAUCUAACUGGAAACCUGAAGUAAAUUUUUAUAGAGAUGGACCUAGAAUAGAAGCUGCAUUUAGAAAAUAUUUUCAUCGUGCAGAUUUUGCUCAAGAAAAGGACUCUUAUACAAUUCUUGUUUGUCAUGCAAAUAUUAUUAGAUAUUUUGUAUGCAGAGCAUUACAAUUUCCACCUCAAAGUUGGUUGCGUUUAAGUUUGAAUCAUGCUAGUAUUACAUGGAUUACUAUUUAUCCUGAUGGUAUUGUAAAAUUAUGGGCUUUUGGUGAUACAGGACAUAUGAAACCACAGCUAUUUUUAUAAUUAAAUUUAAAAUAGCAUAUUAUUUUAUUUAAUAAAAAACAUUUAUGUUAUCUAUAUUUCAUUUUUGUAUACAAGUUUUGCAAAAUUAUGAUUUUUGUUUUAUUUCAUUCGUGAAACUGUAUCAUUUUUGUAAAAAUUUUAUAAACAUAACAAAUGUAAAUACGUUUUAAAUAUAAAAAGAACAAUAUUUAGAAACAUCUCAAAAAAGAAUAUUUCAAUUGUUUUUUUAUUUCUACAAUUUGCAAAUUACAAAAUAAAAUUGAUUAUUAAAAGAUAUUAUUUUUCUCAUAGUUUUGAAAAAAUUAAUUAUAAUUUCGUAUGAAGAAAAAAAUUUUUAAAAUUGUAUUUAACAUUUUAUAACAAUUUCAUAAAAGUUUAUUUAUUCUAAAAGAAAUGCACAAUUAUUAAAUCACGUUUAUUUAUAUUAAUCGUACUAAUAAAUUGAUAUAAAAAAAUAAAUAAUCUUAAAAUUGUAAA